GUUUUUUUCCAUAUCGCCCAGCCCUACAUCAAGGUUAACCUAACCUGGAUUACUACUUUAGCCCGGUUCUUGGCGUACUCCCCAGUGUGGUGUUUUUUUGUGUUUGUUGAUUGUGUUGUUUAUUUGUUUGUUUGUUUGCUCUUCUCUAGGUGAGGACUUUGUGGUGGUGCAGCAGGAGAUUGUUAUGAUGAAGGAUUGCAAGCACUCCAACAUCGUAGCCUACUUCGGCAGCUAUCUCAGGAGAGAGAAGCUAUGGAUCUGCAUGGAGUACUGUGGAGGGGGGUCCUUACAGGACAUAUACCACGUGACUGGGCCCUUGCUGGAGUCCCAGAUCGCCUACGUCAGCCGGGAAACACUACAGGGGUUGUAUUAUCUCCACAACAAAGGCAAGAUGCACAGAGAUAUUAAGGGAGCGAAUAUCCUGCUAACGGACAAUGGCUACGUCAAGCUGGCUGAUUUCGGGGUGUCUGCUCAGAUCUCUGCCACUCUAGCCAAGAGGAAGUCCUUCAUCGGAACGCCAUACUGGAUGGCACCUGAGGUGGCGGCGGUGGAGAGGAAAGGGGGUUAUAAUCAGCUGUGUGACAUCUGGGCCGUGGGCAUCACCGCUAUAGAGCUGGCCGAGCUGCAGCCGCCCAUGUUUGAACUGCACCCAAUGAGGGCCCUCUUCCUGAUGAGUAAGAGUAAUUUCGUUCCUCCCAAACUGAAGGACAAAGUCAAAUGGACCAAUAACUUCCAUCACUUUGUGAAAGUGGCGCUCACUAAGAAUCCCAAGAAGAGGCCCACCGCCGAGAAACUACUGCAGCACCCGUUCGUGUCGCAGCCCCUCGCCCGCACGCUGGCCAUCGAGCUCCUGGACAAGGCCAGCAACCCCGACCACACCCCCUACAGCGACCAGGAGGACGAGGACCCGGAACCAGAGUCGCCCGUAUCUGUGCCUCAUCGGAUACGUUCAACCAGCCGAAGCACCCGGGAGGGGAAGACUCUCUCAGAGAUCAACUUCGAUCAGGUGAAGUUUGAUCCUCCAAUGAGAAAAGAGACAGAACCUCAUCAUGAACCGGAUCUGGAGUACAACCAAGACUCCCCAGGCCUGCUCACUGGAAACAAGAGUCUGUUGAAGUCAGUAGAGGAGGAGUUGCAACAGAGGGGUCACAUGACACACUUAGAGUCUGGGGAGGAUGAGGAUGGUGAUGGGGAUGAUGAUGAUGAGGAGGAGGAGGAAGCGCUCCAAACUACCAACACGACAAUAAAGCGUCCCAAAGUGCCCCCGCCCCUCCCUCCAAAGCCCAAGUCUUUAUCCACCACUCCGCCCAGCCACAACGGGCCAAUCGGAGAGGAGGGGGGCGGCGACGACGGCACCAUCAAGCGCUGCCCCACGUCCCCCGGAGGCUCCGCCCCCACCCCGGCUAGGACCGCCUCCUGCGUGCCUCCCCGGCCCCCGCCCCCCCGCCUGCCCCCGCAUCGCCGCAGCAGUCUAGGUAAUGGGGUGAGUCCCUCUCAGCAGAACGGGGAUCGAGAGCGUCAGUCCACCCUGCCCGUCAUCCCCACCCGGAAGGACAAGGACAAGGACAAGAAAGACGUGCCGAAACCCAUCUGCAAUGGCCUGCCCCCAACUCCGAAAGUCCAUGUGAGUACCCCAGACCUCAGUUACGACACCGACACCGACACAGACAAUACGCCCCAGACCUGUGUCAUCCACGUCACCCAGCUGGAGAGAGACACCAUCCUCGUCUGCCUCGACCGUUGUAUAAAGAUGGUGAAUCUACACGGCCGACUGAAGUCCAAUAGAAAGCUGUCAGCGGAGCUCACCUUUAACUUCCAGAUUGAAGCCAUAGUGUGUCUUCAGGACAGCGUUCUGGCCUUCUGGAGGCACGGCAUGCAGGGACGCAGCUUCAAGUCCAACGAGAUCACACAAGAGAUCUCCGACAGCACACGCAUCUUCAGGCUCCUGGGGAAUGACAGGACGGUGAUCUUGGAGAGCCGACCCACAGAAAACCCCACCGCUCACAGUAACCUGUACAUCCUCGCUGGCCACGAAAACAGCUACUGAGCACCCCCACCCUCACCCCCCAUCAACGCUC